AUGAUUUUAGAUGAUAAUAAUUAUAAUGAUUUAGUUCUGGAAAAUGGUAUUAAUUGUAAUUGUUCAUUGGGCUCACCAAGUUCAGCUGAUUCGAUUGCUUCUGAUUCAACAAAUGGACGAUUGAUUUUAUCUUCGGAAUCAUCUGGACAAUCAACUAAUGGUAAUUUUGAGAAGCGGCAAAUAAAUGGUCAAUCUAGUGGUAAAUUAGUUCAACAAUCGAGUGGUGGGUUCUCGGGAUAUAAUGGGUACGAAGGUGGUGGUGGUCAAGGCGGAGGACGAUUUAGUAAUCAGGAUGGGUUUGGGAGUAAUGGAGGAAGUUCAGGUGAGGGUGCAUUCGGUGGUAGUUUCAGUUCCGAUUCCAGAGGUGAAAGUCAAUAUAGUGGCAAUGGUAAUGGUCAGUUUGCUGGGAAAUCACCGGCGGGGUAUGAGAAGCCCGAAUAUAAUUAUUAUUCGACUGAUUUUAAGGACGAUCCUAAGCAACGAAAGGAGCGACAAGCAUGGCCAAUACCUGGAGUCAAUGUUCAAUUAGGUUUAGGGGGAGAGGGUGAUAACAAUUUCGAGGGUCAUGGGGGUGGGAAAGGACUACUAAAUAGAAUUAUUGGCGCUGGAAACUCUGGUGGUGAGAUGGUCAGAAAUAUUGGAGGGUUAAUUGGUAGUGGGCUUGGUGCCAUGGGUGGACUUGGGGGGCUUGGUAGAAUGCUUCACAUUGGAAAUAAAGGCGGCGGCGGUGGUGGUGGUCAUUUCUCUGAAAGAAAUGGUUUCGGUGGCUAUAAUGGCGGAGGAUCUGGCGGUCAAAUGGGAGGAGGGUUUAAUGGUCACCAUAGUGGAGGAUUUGGUGGUCAUCAUGGAGGGGGAUUCUUUCACCAUCAUAGUGGAGGAGGAAUCUUUGGCAAUGGAGGAGGUGGAGGUGACGGCAGUUUUGGAGGAGGUGGUUUUGGAGGUCAUGACCCCACUAGUGUUGGCCUUGGUAUCGGUGGUAAAAUUGGUUUGGGUGGUGCUGGAGCGGGAAUCAAUGCAAAUUUAGGUCCAGUUGAUCUUGGUCUUAAGCUUGGCUUAGAUGGACGAGGAGUAACUGCUGGUGUUGCUUUAGGAUGA